AUGCCCUCAGAGAUUUGUGCAGGCGGGAUAGGAGAGGAGAGUAUUAUUGAGCACUUGCUUGGCGGCAUUGGUUGUUGGUAUGUUUUACUGUGGCGUGGAAAGGGGCGUUGUUGUUUUCUUGGAGCUGUCGCGGAGGAGCGAGGGCGAGAGCGAGGGCGAGAGCGAGAGCGAGAGCGAGAGCGAGGGAAGAGUGUGUGCUGGCGGAGAGGGAAGGUGCUAGUAGAGGGCGGGGGCAGGUGCAGAAAUGAAGGAAAGGUGGAAGGAGAGGAAGAGGAGGGUCGUUGGAGUGAAAUGAAGGCGAAAUGCUUCACGGAAUUGAAUGAAUGCGAACGUUCACAUGGAGCGGAAGUGAUCUUUCGUUUUAUCACACUAUUUCUGAAGGAACUGCGAUGA